ACGCGACUAAACGUUCUCGUUACGUUUACUGUAACGUCAUCAGGUGGCGACAGUCUUCUCGCUACGCAGUUGUUGGCUUGGUGGGGUUUGUUGUAAAUUUCAACCUCACAGUUUUCAUUAAAACAAACUUUAAUAAACCUCCUGUAGGCCGAUAGAGACCAACAGAGUCCAGCAACAGGACCGAACCCCUUGUGACCCGGAUCAGACCUCAGUCCAGAUACGUGUCGCAGUUUAUUCGAUAGUUUGAGCGGCGGCUGGUGCUAACAGCAUGCUAAUAGUUAGCAUCGUUAGCUCAGAUUAGCUGCGGUUUUUCAGUUCAAUAAUCCGGUGUGCGUUUGAUUUUAUUUCUCUUAUGGAGUAUCCCGGAGGAGGUGGAGGAGGGGCAUUGCUGAGCGGAGGGAACGUCCCGGCCUUCCUCACUAAACUGUGGACCCUGGUGGAAGACCCAGAUACCGACCCUCUCAUCUGCUGGAGCCCGAGUGGAACCAGCUUCCACGUGUUUGAUCAGGGUCGGUUCUCUAAAGAAGUUCUACCAAAGUUCUUUAAACACAACAACAUGGCCAGUUUCAUCAGACAGCUCAACAUGUAUGGCUUCCGUAAGGUGGUGCACAUUGAGCAGGGCGGUUUGGUGAAACCAGAGAGAGACGACACAGAGUUCCAACAUCCGUUCUUCAUCAGAGGAAAAGAACACCUGCUGGAGAACAUCAAACGCAAAGUCACCAAUGUGUCCUCGGUGCGUCAGGAGGAAGUGAAGAUCUCUGCAGACGAGGUGAACAAAAUCCUGAACGACGUCCAGCUGAUGAAGGGAAAACAGGAGACCAUAGACUCCAGGAUCAUUGCCAUGAAACAUGAGAAUGAGGCUCUGUGGAGGGAGGUGGCCAGUCUGAGACAGAAACACGCUCAGCAACAGAAAGUCGUCAACAAGUUGAUCCAGUUUCUCGUGUCGCUUGUCCAAACCAACAGGAUCCUGGGAGUCAAGAGGAAGAUUCCUCUGAUGCUGAACGACUCCAGCUCUGCCCACUCCAUGCCUAAAUACAGUCGGCAGUUCUCAUUGGAGCACAUGCAGGCUGCAGCCAAUCUGUUCUCAGCUGACUCCCCAAUAAGCUCUGGACCAAUCAUCUCUGACAUCACAGAGGUGACCACGCCCAGUGUAGAGGAUGUGGUAAGGGAUUGGACAGACGCAGGAGAGAGCCAAUCAGUUAACAUCAAAGAGGAGCCUUCCAGUCCUGAGGGGGAGGUUUGUCCUGUUCUGGAGGGUGGGGCUACACCUGUAGACACGCCCCUCUCCCCCACCACCUUCAUCAAUUCCAUCCUACAGGACAACGAGACACAGCCGACUCCCAACACCUCAACCACCAGCCCUACACCAGCCAUUGUUGUGAUGAGCCCCACCUCCACUGGGCCCCUCCCACCUGCCCCAACCAGCCCGUCAUCUGCCUCGUUUCCCACCCCAAACUCCAGCCCUGCCACAACUCAGCAGAAAUGUCAGACCAUUGCCUGUAUCGACAGACCCCGCCCCCCUCCCUCUGCAGGUGGACUCUCACCUGAAGUUUGGCGCUUCGUAUCAACACAAGCUGACAAGUCUGAACUGUCUGACCAUGUUGACAGUAUGGACAACAGUCUAGAAAACCUGCAGAACAUCCUGAACACACAAACCUUCACCUUUGACACCUCCCCACUCAUCGAGUUUUUCAGUUCGUCCUGUUCUUCUGGAGACUUUGACCUCGACAGUUUGGACACUCUGCUGUCUGAAGAAGCUCCUAAAGGAAGUGAUGAAAGCAGCAAGACCAACAACACAGGGAAGCAGCUGGUGCAGUACACGGCCACACCUGUCUUGAUGCCUGAACCGGUCAGCUUGGGGGAGGGUGGAGCCGACCUGCCGUCCCUGCUGGAGCUGGAGGAGGAGCCUUUCUUCACCUCGGACCCGCCCACUGAAGACCCGACCGCCGCCCUGCUGAGCCACGCCCACUUGGACUCUGACCUCUGACACCAUCAGGAAUGUCAUGAUUCAUCAGUAACCAUAGCAACAGGACAGUCUGAGCACUGACUCAGCAGCAGCAAUAGACAAUGAUGAAAUCAAUCAAUCAGCUUUAGAUCAAUCAGUAGGUCAAAGGUCAUGUUUUUAGUAUGCAGAUGUUAUUCAACAAUAUUAACCCCUUUAUAUACCUGAGUCCUCUUCUUCUACUCUUUUAUUUUAGCCUUUGGUUCUUCUUCUCUUUCUUUAAGUAAAUCAUUUGUUUGACGCUCGCUGUGACAAAAAAAAAAAAAAAAGAAAAAAAAAUUGAUAGAGAACCAGGGUCAUGUCUGUACCUGCCGGUCCAAUCAGAAACAGCUCUGAAGUCAGUCGUAGAUGAUGUCACAGUACAGAUGUAAUGACACACAUGGACAGGUGAGGCAGGAUCACGUGACCCAGGUGUUCUCAGUGUUCUGCAUGCUGAAGUCGGAGUUUAUGGUUGUCUUUGUUUUCAUGUGUAAAAUAUAGCUAUAAUGAAGAGAAUCUGAAUAUUUUUGGAAAAGUUUAUUAUGAAUGAGUAGCCCCCCAUCAUCUAUGUUACCAUGGAGACAACAUGGUACCAGAUAGAGAUGCAUCGAUCUCAUCGUUGGGUAAAUAUUAGUUCUGAUUAAUCAGAUCAGAUAUCGGCCAUGAUGUGUGAUUGAUCUACAUUAAAUACAGUUUGUUUAUCAGUGUUUCACUAUAAAACUCAGUGUUUUUCUGUUACAUAAACAUUAAUCUCAGAGCUGGGGAGAUAGGGUUCAGUAGCAUUUUAUCGAAUCUGAAUCCUUUCAAACCCUUUUUUCGAAUCUAGGUGAAAUGCAGACGUCUCUUAAAAAAUCGGUUCUGUUUUUAUUUCUGUCAGUAUCAAACCUAAACGACAGAGACUGUACAGAGCUGAAGGGGUCUAGGUCUUUCAUCACAUAUUUAGUCUCUGCUCUGUGAUGUUCGUUAACCGUGUCCAGACUCACUGGGUGCUGGACCUCAGCUGCACGAGUAAAAACAACACGGUUGAAAUAACAGUCAUCCUACUUUAUCAUUCAACAAAUAUCAACUCAAUAAACUGCUGAUUUCUCUGCAGGAGGCUCUGAACGUGAACUGGUUCUUGCACUGCUAUGGGUCACACUAUCUCACGGGUCACAGAAUACGGUGUCUCACACAGAAUAUGCUGUAACACACACAAUACAGUGUCACACUGACAGUUUGACUCUGGUGAAGUCGUUUAAGUGAAGGCGCUCGGCCGUGAUAAAUCGGUCGGUCUUCAGCUGUGGCUCUGAGUCAACUCUUGUUUUUACAUGUAAGCAGGUUAUUUUCUUGGUCUGUAGAAUCAGAAAGAGGAAAAAGAUGAUCUAAGAGAGACCGGGAAUCAAAGAUUCAGUAAGGGAUUCAUCAGUGGAGCUUGGGACCAGAUGCAAAAAGGAGCAGGCUAUCCGAACAAUCCCUUCCCAAAAGAGUUCCACACUGAGAGGUCUUCAGACUUCAGAAGUAAUAAAACAGGUCACUGAGGUAGUUCUCUAUCAGUUCUCUAUGAAUCUGAAUCAGCUGACACUCAAUGUAUCAGGUUUGUGGCUUAAGAAUUACUUCAUAUCAUCAGGUCUUCACUGUUGAAUUAAGUUUUACACUUGAUUCGAGAUUGUAUAGAAACAGUAAUUUCAGAUUUGAUUUGUAAAAAAGUCAACUUCAACUGAAACACUGAGCAGCAUCUGGUGUUGUCAGCGAUUUUAUGGUAAAAUCAUCGAUACUUCCUGAAGGAAACAUCAGAGUUCCUAUCUAAGAGAGAUCAGACAGGCUCCCCAGCAGAGCUGAUAUGUUGUGGAGGCAGUAUUCAGCUGAUCUCAGGUGUUCAUUAGUUUUUCUUUCUAUUUAUCUACGUUACAGUUAAGUGUUACUGCAGAGGAUAACGGCUCUGAACAGUCAGUGUAGUUUUGGUGAUUAGCAGAUGGAAAAGAUGCCCAGGCAUCUGUUAAAACUAAAAACUGUGGACUACGUGUAGUUGAAAAGAUUAAGAUUUGCACAAAAAUGCAAGAAGAAGCUCAACUGUGGUCUGAAAGAUUUAAACAGAGGAAGUUUGUCCACAACAGAUGGGAUGAAUUCCCCCAAAAAUCAAAGUACACAGAUUUGUUCAAAUACAAAAGUCAAAACUCCUUCAGAUUAUUAAAAUCUCUUUCACUUGUGCACUAUAAGAGAGCAGCAUGCUUUGAUUUGUUUUGGACAGUUUAACUUUUGUACUUUAUUGCACCGAAAAUUUGUUGACUCUAUUUCAGGAUCUGCGGGAGAGAUAUUUUAACAAAAGUGAAAUUCUUUACUAGGGCUCGACAGGUAAAUCUGCCAGGUUGAUAUAUCAUUCUAUAUUGGCUCGUUGCGCAUGUACCAUUAUCAGUGUAUGUAUGUCGGCCAAUAAAUGAUAAAUAACUGAAGUAGAGAAAAGUAGAAGAAAUUUUUAGAAACACCGUCUGUGCUCUACAAGUUUAUUUUUACACAGUAAAAUGUCCUGCCCAGUAUAGGUCUUGGUCAUUAUUAUUAAAAAACUCAUUUAAGAGAAAGAGGUUUAUUUAUAUUACAGGUUGUGUAAAUAAAAAUAGUAUCAGCUGGUAUAUUAUUAUCAGAUGUUUUAAUCUCUAAAAUAUUAAUAUUCACCUCCAAAAUCCCAUAUCAGUCAUGUCAUAUCCUUCACAAACACCACAGUGAUGGAGGAUUGUUUAUUUUACCUGAAACCGGUCAUGCACUUCAAAAUGUUGUCAGAUGUCAUUAAAUCUGUUUAUGUGUUAAACACUUCAUCUCAUCAAACUACAAGUUUUAACAAUAAACAAUUUUUUUCUUUA